GUGCUUCCGCAGUCAGGUAAUGACGUUGUGGGUAAACAGGUCCUGUAUCCGUGGCAGCGGCUGAGUCCGGCGGGCGAGGCACCGGCUGCCGCUAACCGGGGAGAGAAGCUGCCUGUCGGAAUCAGCCCGGGCCGCAGCGCGCCGCCGGUACGGGGUUGGCAGCUAAACUAUGCGCUCCUCCCGGGCGGGCACCAUGCUCCACUCAUCUUUGUACCCCCAGCAUCUAGCAGUGUUGGCCUGUAGAAGGCACUCAAGAAAUGUGUGUUGAAUGAACGGUGCCUGUGACAAGCAGCUGGACUUUAUUCUUUCCUGACCCUUGCUCCUAUGACACACCUCCUCCCGGCUGCCACUCUCAGCCCUUCAGAGCAGAACUUCUCUCCUCUAGGGAAGCCGGAAGGGAAACAGCUAUGGCCAAGGACAUCCUGGGUGAAGCGGGGCUGCACUUUGAUGAGCUGAACAAGCUGCGGGUAUUGGACCCUGAGGUUACGCAGCAGACCACAGAGCUCAAGGAGGAGUGCAAGGACUUUGUGGACAAAAUUGGCCAGUUUCAGAAAAUAGUUGGUGGUUUAAUUGAGCUUGUUGACCAACUGGCAAAAGAAGCAGAGAACGAGAAGAUGAAGGCCAUUGGUGCUCGGAACUUGCUCAAAUCUAUAGCAAAGCAGAGGGAGGCCCAACAGCAGCAACUCCGAGCCCUAAUAGCAGAAAAGAAAAUGCAGCUUGAAAGGUAUCGGGUUGAAUAUGAAGCUCUGUGUAAAGUAGAAGCAGAACAAAAUGAAUUUAUUGACCAAUUUAUUUUUCAGAAAUGAACUGGAAAUUUCAUUUUAUAGCAGGCCGGGCAAAAAACAAAACCCAAAAAAACCUCUGUACCAAUCCAGUGACUUGACCAAUGACCCAAGUAUGUCCUGAGAGAUGGUGUGGAAAAAACGCAGCAUCUCUGAAGGCAAUAAGCAAGUCUGGGGGGCUUGUUGCAAAUGUCAGCGAACAUCUGCUGGGCAGUUACCCCGUGGCCACAGUGGUCCAGGCUCUCACCUCUUGGCACUCUUAGCCUGAACUGAGCAGUCUGUAAAUUCUGACCCUUUUUUUUUGUAAAGUCACAAAGCUUUCAAAGGAAGAGCAAUAAAUUAUUGUUUUCAAAUGGC